UAAUUGGAUUUAUGUGGGUGCUGUAUCUUGCUGGUUCACAUGAUUAGAUAGUGUUUCACAUGAUCUCCUAGAAGGGAAUAUAUAAUACGCUAUUGCAAAUCUGCAACUUGGAUUUUAAAUUUGGAAAAUAAUUGCUUUGGGGGGCCAUUCGGCUUAUUGUUAUACAAAAUAUAUAUAAUUUAAUGGGUUUUCAAAAUAUAAUCUUCCUAUGCAACCAAGACAAUGACUUUGAACAAAAACUCUGUGUAUACUUUUUUCUGUUUCUUGCAUUUUCUCAGCCACCAAACAGAUGGUUAGAACAAAUGAUGGAUAUUGUGUAAUUCUGGUUUUUCGUGUUUGGUUUACCAGAGUGAAAAAGGACCCAUUUACAAUGGCUUGGGUUUCGGUACCAGUCGUGGGUUUGUUUUUGGUUUGGUGGUGGAUGGGUUUGGCUACGGUCAAGGCUGAUUACAUCAUGUACAAAGAUCCAACCCAACCAGCGGCUGCUCGAGUUGGGGACCUUCUUAGCAGGAUGACUCUUGAAGAGAAGAUUGGUCAGAUGGUGCAGAUUGAUAGGAGUGUUGCCUCUAUUGAUACUAUGAAAACUUACUUCAUAGGUAGUGUAUUGAGCGGUGGUGGCAGUACACCACUUCCAGAAGCUAGUGCUGAAGACUGGGUUAACAUGAUUAAUGGAUUUCAGAAGGGAGCUCUAUCUAGUCGUUUGGGCAUUCCUAUGAUCUAUGGCAUUGAUGCUGUUCAUGGACACAAUAAUGUCUACAAUGCUACAAUAUUUCCGCAUAAUGUUGGGCUUGGAGCUACCAGGGACCCUGAACUGGUACGAAGAAUUGGUUCUGCAACUGCUCUUGAAGCCCGAGCUACGGGGAUUCCUUAUGUAUUUGCUCCUUGCAUUGCGGUAUGCAGAGAUCCAAGAUGGGGCCGGUGUUACGAAAGUUACAGCGAAGAUCACACAAUUGUGCAAGAAAUGACGGAGAUUAUUCCAGGUUUACAGGGAGAUAUCCCUGCAAAUUCUCAGAAAGGAGUGCCAUAUGUUGGGGGAAAUAAAAAGGUUGCAGCUUGUGCAAAGCACUUCGUUGGUCAUGGUGGCACAAGCAAGGGCAUUAAUGAGUACAACACUGUGGUUGACCAACAGGAAUUGCUUAGCAUCCACAUGCCAGCCUAUUCUGACUCCAUCAUCAAGGGUGUCUCAACCGUGAUGAUUUCCUACUCCAGUUGGAAUGGGAAAAAGAUGCAUGCAAACCGUGAUCUAAUUACGGACUACCUCAAGGGCACCCUUCAAUUUAAGGGUUUUGUUAUAUCAGACUGGGAGGGUAUUGACAGGAUUACCUCACCGCCACAUUCAAACUACACAUACUCUGUCCAAGAUUCAGUUCUAGCUGGAAUUGACAUGGUCAUGGUCCCUAUCAACUAUAAAGAAUUCAUUAAUGAUCUCAUUAACCUGGUCAAGAAUAACGUUGUCCCAAUGGAUCGUAUUGAUGAUGCUGCGGGAAGGAUUCUGCUUGUCAAGUUCACCAUGGGUCUUUUUGAGAACCCGUUGGCUGAUUUCAGCCUAGUCAAUGAGCUUGGAAGCCAGGAUCAUAGAGAUUUGGCAAGGGAGGCUGUCAGAAAAUCCGUCGUGCUUUUGAAGAAUGGGAAAAACGGGAACAUUACAGAUCCAGUCAUACCUCUUCCCAAGAAGGUGUCUAAAAUUCUAGUUGCCGGCAGUCAUGCUGAUAAUCUGGGCUACCAAUGUGGUGGAUGGACAAUUGCAUGGCAAGGAUUCAGUGGCAACAAAUAUACAUCCGGGACUACGAUCCUUGGUGCUAUAAAAUCAGCAGUCGACUCAAGCACAGAAGUUAUCUACAGUGAGAAUCCUGAUGGUAAUUUUGUGAAGUCCAACAACUUUUCAUAUGCCAUUGUUGUGGUUGGCGAGCAUCCUUAUGCUGAGACUGCGGGAGACAGCCCAAACCUAAUGAUGGCGGAACCUGGCCCAAGUGUCAUCAGCAAUGUGUGUGAAAGUGUCAAGUGCAUUGUUGUCUUAAUAACUGGCAGACCUAUUGUAAUUGAACCAUAUAUUUCCUCGAUUGAUGCUCUGGUGGCAGCAUGGUUGCCAGGCUCUGAAGGCCAAGGCAUUACUGAUGUCCUUUUUGGGGAUCGUGGAUUCAGUGGAAAGCUUCCAAGAACAUGGUUCAGAACUGUCGAUCAACUCCCAAUGAAUGUUGGUGAUUCACACUAUGAUCCACUUUUCCCGUUUGGGUUUGGACUGGAAACUGAGUCAGUAAAGGAGCUUGUAACAAGGUCGACCUCAGCUGGUGUUGUUGCAAGGCCAUGCAUACUUAUCGUCCUGGUUGCUCUGAUUCUUAGCUUUAUAGUUUAGAGGAAGCUUUUACUAAUGGUAGAUUCGUACAGCAACUGGAUUUGUUGACUGACACAGUUUAUGGCAGAAGGAAGGGAAAAGCUUUGAGUUGAUUAGAUUAUGACUGCCACACAUUCUGGUUAACAAACAAAUUAUAAGCAUUCAUUGUCGAGCCAUUUUAACGAUUACAAUUUACAUGCAGCAAAUUUGGAUAAUAAAUUAAGUUGAUUUUUGUUUUGAAAUUCUUGAGUGAAAAAAAAAAAUUGUUAGGAGGGUCAUCAUCAAUGGGCCCUUCUAUUGGUCUA